GACUUAGGAACACAGCUUAACCUCUCACACUAAGAUUCAGACACACCCUUGUCAACCAGUCACAUAUCCAGCUCUGUUAACGGCACCAAGGAGCCUGACGGUGUCACCUUCUUCAUCCUGCAGGGCCUCUCCAGCCUCGGUGACAGACAGAUGAUCCUGUUUGUCAUCCUGCUGCUGGGUUACAUCAUCAUCCUGGGAGGAAACAGCAUGAUCAUCUUUGUGACACUGACUGAUCCAAAGCUCCACUCUCCCAUGUAUUUCUUCCUCUGCCACCUCUCCUUUGUGGACAUAGUCUACACCACCACCACCAUCCCAAAAAUGCUGUCUGGCUUCCUGUCAGACUUGUCAAUCAUCUCAGUCCCAGGCUGCUUCCUCCAGAUGCAUUUCUUUAUUCAGCUAAGCAUUACUGGCUAUGGAAUCCUUACUGCAAUGGCAUAUGACCGCUAUGUGGCCAUCUGUCACCCUCUGCACUACACCUCCAUCAUGACCCGACGUGUCCAGUUGCUCCUCAUAGCAGGAGCCUGGGGGUUCAGCACUGUUUGCCCACUGUCAGCCACUAUCAUUGCCUUAAUUCGACCUUACUGUGGCCCAAAUGUUGUGGGACACGGAUGGUGUGACAUGUCAUCUGUAAGGCGUCUGGCCUGUGCUGACACCUCAGUCGAUAACAUUGUGUCUCUUUUUUUGGCCACUGUGUCUCUACUGAUCCCAGGAGUCCUCAUCCUGACCUCCUAUGUCCUGAUUGGCAUUGCAAUAUUGAGGAUGGGUGUUGCUCAGAGGCUCAAAGUCUUUGGCACAUGUGCUGCCCACCUGACUGUGGUGUCCAUCUGUUUCAGCUCAGCUGCCUUUGUCUACAUUUCCUACCGAGUUGGAAAUUUUUCACCAGAGGUUCGUAUCAUUGUAGCUGUGCUGUACGCUGCUCUGACCCCUUUUCUGAACCCAGUGAUCUACAGUCUGAGGAACAAGGAGCUGCAAGAGUCCAUCAGAAGGACACUGGUCAGGGUCAGAUUUGCUGUUCUUUCAGCUAUGAAGAACAUCGUCAUAUUGCGUCUGGCCUGUGCUGACACCUCAGUCGAUAACAUUGUGUCUCUUUUCUUGGCCACUGUGUCUCUACUGAUCCCAGGAGUCCUCAUCCUGACCUCCUAUGUCCUGAUUGGCAUUGCAAUAUUGAGGAUGGGUGUUGCUCAGAGGCUCAAAGUCUUUGGCACAUGUGCUGCCCACCUGACUGUGGUGUCCAUCUGUUUCAGCUCAGCUGCCUUUGUCUACAUUUCCUACCGAGUUGGAAAUUUUUCACCAGAGGUUCGUAUCAUUGUAGCUGUGCUGUACGCUGCUCUGACCCCUUUUCUGAACCCAGUGAUCUACAGUCUGAGGAACAAGGAGCUGCAAGAGUCCAUCAGAAGGACACUGGUCAGGGUCAGAUUUGCUGUUCUUUCAGCUAUGAAGAACAUCGUCAUAUUGUCCUGACUGGACACUGUCUUUGAAAAUUUUUAUUUAGAAAUGAUGCAGUUGUUUUUAACUAGUUUUUAUUAAUUGUACAGCAAUCAUGUGGUGUUGACAGGUCCUUUCAUGUUGUGUCUUAAUCAACUCCAGACUGAGGCAUUUCACACCUUCUUUUAAAAAUUGUGAAUCUUUUCUUUGGUAUAGUAAAUUCUUGUAUUCACUUUGUAUCACACAUAGAGCUGUCAAAGUUAAUGCAAUAAUAAUGAGUUAUUGUAAUUUCCUUUUAAUGGCACAAAUUUUUUGACACCAUUUACAUGUGCACGUUCUGUAAUUAUGACCCUUGGCCCACCCAAUAUUUUGGGAAAUCUGAAAGCAGUGCAGCAGUAACGUUGUGGAUGGCAAGCAGAAACACACCUUGAGCAGAAACUGAUAAAAGCGUCCUUUGACUGGGCAAACGUGAUUGAUCACGAUUAAAUAUUUUGAUUGAUUG